AUGCGGCGCGGCCGGACGUCGCCGAAGGACGCGGGCGCGGCGGUGGCGCUCGCGCGCGUGGCGCGCGCGGCGGCGGGAGACGAGGGCGACGACGUUCGAGGGCGGGCGGACGCGGUCGAGCGCGCGCACGCGGCGGCGACGACGCUGCGAACGUACGAGAGCGCGAUCGCGAGCGCGGCGCGAGCGCAGAGGAAUAGGGACGUGGCGAAACGGAAGACGCGACCGCGGGAUCGGGCGUGCAAUCAGCCGAAACCGCGACAGGGAUGGACGAGGGCGGCGCUGCGCGAGCGAAACGCGAGGACGUGCGCGGCGUGCGAGAGGAUCGCGGCGAAAGCGGACCUCUUUCGAGCGGUUCGAGUGAAGACGGCGAGCGGGGAGACGCGGGUGGUGGUCGGGGACGACGCGAGAGGGGUGAACGGGCGAUCGGCGUACGUGUGCAAGACGCGCGCGUGCGCGGCGCGGGCGGCGAAGGGGAAGGCGAUGCAACGCGCGUUGCGGUGCAACGUGGAUCAAGGCGUGUACGACGCGCUCGCGAGGGAGGCGCGCGCGCUCGAGGAGGCGAUGGGAGUGGAUACUUCGGAUUACGUCUUCUUACGACCCGAGGGUACGAGCGCGCGAUGGAAAGCGCCGGGCGAAUGGAUUCCGCCGGACGCGUAG